CACCUGUGACAGGUACUGAGGAAAGCAGCUUGCACGAUGCAGCCAAUAUUUCACUGCGCACAGACAUGUCCCAGGCAGCCGCAGUCAUCAGCUCAGUGCUGCCGGGGGGAUUCAAGGGCAGCCCAGCGGGGCAGCAGGGGCCAGGAGAGGCAGCAAAUUCGGUGAGCAAGCGCGAGAUAAAGCGCCAGCAAUUUGUGCCGGUGCACGGCAACUACCGCCGCUACUAUGGGUACCGCAUUGGUCAAGCCUUCGAAGAGGACCCUCGCCUCAAGGUGAUGGAGAAGCCCUGGUUCCAGAAUAGGAAGUGUUUGGACGUGGGGUGCAACGAGGGCAUGGUCACGCUGGGCUUAGUCACGCGCUUUGGCACCGGCAGCAUGCUGGGCGUGGACAUCGACCACGUCCUUAUCAGCAAAGCCUGCAGGAGCUUGAGGGAGGAGCACACAAGGGCCACAGCGGAGUUGGCGCGGCUGUCCCACACGCGCAGGCACGUCCUGAGCGCCGCGCCGGAUGCCGAGAGCGCGCAGACGUCCCACAACGCCGAGCGCAAAGCCGCCAGCGCCGCGCUCCAGGGCCUCAUCGGCACCCGCUUCCAACAGGGAAACUUCCUAGAGCUGGAGGAGUUGCAGCGAGGCACGUACGACACAAUACUGUGCCUCAGCGUGACCAAGUGGGUGCACUUGAACGGCGGCGAUGCUGCGCUGCAUGCGUUGCUGAAGCGCAUCUGUGAGCUGCUCGUGCCCGGCGGCCGCCUUAUCCUGGAGCCUCAGGCCUGGAGCUCCUACCAGGCGGCCGUCCACAAGCCGGGGAUGCGGGAGCGGCUGCACCCCCUGAGCAGCCUCUAUCUGCGGCCGGAAGACUUGCCCCACUACGCCACGCAGCAGUUCAAGUUCUCGUUUGUUCGGCAGCUGCGAGCGCCAGAGAACGCCAAGGGCUUUGACCGGCCCAUAUACCUGUUCCAAAAGAUUGGUUGA